GUGUCUAAACGAAAUCAAAAGCUAAAGCUCGCGCAUAGGGUUCUUACAGUUCGAAUCGAAGAAAUUGUUAAAAAAAAAAGAGAGGAAAAAAAAUGGCAGAGCAGCUGACGGAGGAGCAGAUCGCCGAGUUCAAGGAAGCUUUUAGCCUUUUCGACAAGGAUGGCGAUGGCUGUAUUACUACCAAGGAGUUGGGAACAGUGAUGAGAUCACUUGGUCAGAAUCCCACUGAAGCUGAACUACAGGAUAUGAUCAGUGAAGUUGAUGCUGAUCAGAAUGGAACCAUUGAUUUUCCAGAGUUCUUGAAUCUGAUGGCACGUAAGAUGAAGGACACUGAUUCUGAGGAGGAACUCAAAGAGGCCUUCAAGGUUUUCGAUAAAGAUCAGAAUGGCUUUAUUUCUGCAGCUGAGCUUCGUCAUGUAAUGACAAACCUUGGAGAGAAGCUGACUGAUGAAGAGGUGGAUGAGAUGAUCCGAGAGGCAGAUAUUGAUGGUGAUGGGCAAGUUAAUUAUGAGGAGUUUGUCCGUAUGAUGCUUGCCAAGUGAUGGCUUAAGAUUCUUAGCUACUGUGUAAUUUAUGAUGGCCGCUCAGUUACUACAACUUCUAGCUGGCAGUUUAUAUUCUGUUCUGUUAAGACAAACAAAUGUGUCGUAUGGUUUUACUAGCAUCUAGACUCCUUUCAGUUUUAUGUUAACUUAUGGACUACAGGUGUAUGCUGCUUUAGUCCCUUGCCCAUCCAGAGGGUAAAAGAAAAGGAGAAAUUAGAUAGUUCAUUCGUAAUAUCUUGUUAGUUGCCUUGGUUUCUUUCCAGGCUACAGUCUGUAUGUGUUUCACUGUCUCUAACUGUUAUAUUUCCCGUUUCU